UUUCAUAAGAUUUAAUAAUAGAACUCUAUGGUUUAACCUGUGUAAAAAUUAAAGCUAAUUUCACAAUUAAAAUAAUAAAUUUCAACAAAUUUACUGAUGACUUGUGAAAAUAAAAUGAAUAAUGAAAAACUCAAAAUACUGGCAAUUCAUGGUUACAGGCAAAAUGCCGAUGCUUUUCGUCAAAAAACUGGUUCUUUUCGAAAAAUAGUAAACAAAUGGGCUGAAUUUACAUUUAUAACAGCACCUCAUAAAGUUUUAAUUCCUAGUGAUACAGAAAAUAUUGAUGUUGGUCAAAGUGAAAAUGAUCAACAGUACGGCUGGUUCUUUAACAGAGAAGAUAAUAGUUUUCGAGGAAUCCGAACAGGUGGUCCAGCAAUUGGAUUUGAAAAGAGUAUUGAAUUAGUUGCGGAGGCAUUCGAAAAAUUUGGUGGUUUUGACGGAAUUUGGGGUUUCUCCCAAGGCGCCUGCUUAGUAUCACUUCUGUGCCAUCUUCAACAAAGAGGACUAUUGAAUAUUAAAUUCAAAUUUGCUAUAAUGAUAGCAGGAUUUAAAUCAGGUAGCACACCACAUGCUGAAUAUUACCAAGAUAUUAUUAAACUACCAAGUUUGCAUGUAUUUGGAGAAAACGAUCAGAUAAUACCGUCUCAAAUGAGCGAAGCUUUGAGUAACUGCUUCAAAGAUCCUCUUAUAGUAACACAUUCUGGAGGUCACUUUGUACCAGCAUCUUCUGUUCAAAAAAAACCAUACCAGGACUUUUUCAAAUUCCAUUUUGAUUUGAAGAAUUCUUAACGUUAUUACAAUAAAGCAUGCCAAAGUUAAUUUGGUAAAUUUGUAAAUUUUUUUAUAUUUUUACACUUGUUAUUUAUUAUUAUAUUAUUGUUAUGUAUUAGCUAAAGGCCUCAGUGACAGUUUUGUACAACUGUUUUUGAUGUCUAAAAUAAACGAUUAAAAAAGAAAAAUUA